CUGCAAACACGCUCUAUGUUUUCUUCUGUCUUCGGUCUGACUUCUGAUUCUAUGCAAAACUAGCCGUAUCUCCAUACCACCCUUUCCCGUGGUCCCUCAUCUUCCUAACAACCUCGACAGUAUUUCUUCAUCGAGGCACCAUUGUGAGUUACCAUAUCUAGGUCAGUCAGAUUCCUUUAACAGCUUAAUCAUAGUUUUCGCCGUCCAAACGACAUAUAUCUCGUCACAACAUCAAUUUAAAGUUAUGCUGGGAGUUCGAAGUUUCAUUUUGAUCUCAGCUAUAUCGGUCAAUCAGAAAGUCCCCGAAGAGGACAUAUCUGAAGAUGAGGGACGAAGAAAACGACCGGAGGAUGCUUAAAACCAACCGAAAGGCACGGGACAGAGCAUACGGCUACAUUCGUUUAAGUCUUCGUACCAGUUUGACAUAUCGUGCACUCAGCAGCCCAUGCCCAGAAUCCGGUCAUGUUAUGCAAAGCUACCCUGCUAGAGAGCUAUGUGUAAAGCGGCAGCAUGAAUUCGACGAAAUUGCGGCACAGCUUAAAAAUCCGCCAAGCGAGGCCCAGCGCCGGAUCUUUGCUCACGUAUGUGAGAGAGUUGACCAGGAACUACCUUCCAGAGGGAGCAAGGGUGCAAAAAGGAUCGUCGAAAUGGUUGUGAACAGGAUUUUCGAUGAGAUUCAAGUGCAUGCCAGGGGGGUCUCUAGUCAAGUUCUCCCGGGGACCGAGCCUGUCCAAUCAGGGGAGCUAGUGCCUCCCUUAGAAAUUCCGAUAGAAGACGACGAAGAUGACGUUACAUUGUUGUCAAGUUUGCCGACGCAUGCCAGCAUUAUAGAUCUUGCAAGACUUGAGCCUCAAGAUCGAACGAACAACAGAAAUGACGAGACACACACCGCCGCUCCAGAAGCCUCAUCAGAAUCUUUGGUCGGGAGAACGCGCAGAGUGCCGACAUACAGAUAAGUGAGCAGCAAUCAUUAUUAGGAUAUCGACGACAGGCGAGGAAUUGCGCAAAUAGCAUAGGGGUGUUCGGAGGACGACGAUGAACCACGGCAAACCACGUUACAGAGAAACUCUCGUCUCUGGAAGACACCGGCGAUGAGUGCUUCAAUCGAAUCACGGUACAAAUCUGGUGGGAUACGUGGCGCCGUAUUUUGGCCCGUAACUUUCACGAAAGAUGUUGUUUGUUUCUUGCCCCAAAAGAUUUUCACUAAUCGCCAUACCUCAACAUAAAAUAAACAUUAAAAAGAAAAUAUGUCCCAG